CUCAGCUGACAUGGUACUAUACCGGAAGGAAUAUAUAGAUGACACCACAGGAUCGGGGUUGUUUGCAACAUCAAAGAUAAAAAGCAGCACAAACAUUAUUAAAACUAGUAAUAUGGUGACUUCCCUGGAUUCCAACUUUUAUAAAAUGUGUUGUAGUCAGUGCCUGUGUGAAUCAUCAUCAUUGAGGCGCUGUUCCAAAUGUAAGCACAUGCGUUAUUGUUCAGAAAAAUGUCAGCGAGAAGGCUGGGAGAUACAUAGAUCUGAGUGUGGGGGCUUGUGUCAAGUUCCAUCAUCGAGUCAUGUUCCUUCACUGAUACGGCUAUGUGCUCUACUUUUGUCAACAUCAGAGCUGAAGAAAAAAUUUUCUAUUUCCAGUUUGAUGAAACAUGAGAAUAUUGAGAAUGACCAAAUCCAGGAAUACUACCCAUUUGUUCUCAAAGGUGUAACUGAGAUGCUAAAAGGCUCUUCAUCAGCAGAUCCUGUUGAAAUUUAUGAGUUGUACAAUAAACUUGUUGUCAAUCUUUUUACAUUAGAGGAUGGUCAAUUGAAGACAAUUGGAUCUGCCCUUAUUCCUGAGAUAUCUAAGAUCAAUCACUCUUGUGAACCAAAUUGUGUUUUAUCAUUUAACGGUAGAACCGCCUACAUUACAGCAAUCAGAGAAAUUCCUAAAGGAACUGAAAUCACGAUUUCAUACAUUCCACUCCCCAAAUCUUUUUUGGCCAGAAAGGAACACCUCCACAGACAAUUCAAUUUUACUUGCUAUUGCUGCUUGUGUUCUAAGCAAAGGGAAGAAAAGGUUGAUCACAUGUUGAUGCGAGAAUGUCCUGGUUGCCAGACUCACUCCCAUCCUUGCAUCGAUCUAGAGAAUGAUGAUUUGACAUGUCCUUCUUGUGGAAGUUCAUUGCUAAAAUCUUUGAAAGUGAAUGAUCUUGUUUUGAAAAACUUUGAUUCUGCAAUAUCAACUAGAGCACAACAAGAUGUUGAAAUAAUCAAUCAUCUAGUGGAGGACACAGAAACUCUGAUUCUUGAAAAGCAUUGGGAGCCAGCUUUAAGAGCUGGACUAAAGGCAACAGUUGGGUUGAUGGAUUGGGCACAGCUUUAUCCAUCAACUGGAUUGUUCAUUGCUAAACUGGGUAAGCUUUACCUGGAACAGGGAUACUCCGAUAAAGCUGUCUAUAUUGACAAUAUUAAUAGAGCUAUUCAAAUGUUCGACAUUUCGUUAAAGUGUUUGUCGCUGUCAUUGUCACGCAAUCAUGAACUGUUUCUUGAAGUAGAACGCCUUUAUCGAUUUACCCAAGAAAUGUUACAAAAACAAUUAUGACUUUAUUUGUCACCUUGACGCAAAGUAAUUUUGUUGAAGCUUCUGUGGAAUUUUGUAUUGUUGAUGUUUUUUAUCAAUCUUUUAUUUAUUCCUGAUGACAUGCAGAGGGUUUGGCCAGAAAACUGAUCAUUAUGAAUUGUUCACAUUUUACGUCCUAUUUUCA